AAUCAACCAGAAAGUGGUCAGAAUAGCUUUCUUGUUCUUCUAUUUAGUAUUCUAGUGGUUGGUGGUUCAGCUGUUGGUAAAACAUCAUUAAUUUCACGUUUUGUUCGUAAUGAAUUUCCGUCUCUGCAAUCAUCAAAUGAGAUUCCUGUUUAUACAACAAUAACAAUUGAUAAAGUACCAUGUGAUUUAAUAAUUGAAAAUAUUCCAUAUAAUGUUGAUAUUAGACAAUUAAAUUUUCAACAAAAACUACCAGUUGGUUGUCUACUACUAUUUUCUGUCACAAGUGAAUUGAGUUUUUCUCAAAUUUUAUUGCUUGACAUAUCAUUAGAACACAUUCACAUUUUCACCUGA